CACACACUGAGUACGUUGGUUGGUGGCGGGAUUUCUUAUAAAAUUCGUAGUCGCGAUAAUCGCCAUCAGUUGCUUCGUUGCUUCGAGUGGAUACUUCUGUAGAGAUCGUGUGGCCGAAUUUCGAAACGUACUUGCUUAUAGUACCGAUUUAAAGUUUUUUAAUAGUUUUCGGUUCUUUUUUUGAGUGGAUUUCGAUUCGUUUUGACUUUUUGGAGAUUACAAUCAGACUACGUCGUCUCCGACCAGGCCCAAUCAGCGCAGAGGAUUCAGCCACGUGAUACACGCCGAGGUUAUAAAAAGAGUAACCCCGCCAGUAGUCGGUCUCUUUUCCACAGUAACUAAAAACGGAAAUAAGUGUUCAGUGCUGUCUAUCGUACGGACAACGUUAGGGUUCAGAAUGCCAGAGACAACAUUGACAAACGGACAUGCAAACGCCAAUGGACAUUCAGGGUAUGAAAUGGCCGACGGUGCCGAAUUCCUGUUCACGUCAGAAUCAGUCGGCGAGGGUCAUCCAGAUAAAAUGUGCGAUCAAAUCAGUGAUGCCAUAUUAGACGCACAUCUCGAACAGGAUCCAAAUGCCAAAGUUGCUUGCGAAACAGUCACAAAAACAGGAAUGAUCCUCCUCUGCGGCGAAAUAACAUCAAAAGCUGUGGUGGACUACCAAAAAGUUGUCAGAGAGACAGUAAAACAUAUAGGCUACGACGAUUCUUCUAAAGGCUUCGACUGGCGGACGUUGAAUCUACUGGUGGCGCUCGAGCAACAAUCACCGAAUAUUGCAGACGGCGUCCAUGAAAAUAGAGAGGAAAUAGAAGUCGGGGCAGGGGAUCAGGGUCUCAUGUUCGGUUACGCAACAGAUGAAACAGAAGAAUGUAUGCCUCUUACAGUAGUAUUAGCACACAGGUUGAACCACAGAAUAGCAGAGCUAAGAAGGUCUGGAGAAUUCUGGUGGGCAAGACCCGAUUCCAAAACACAAGUCACUGCCGAAUACACAUUCGAACAUGGCGCUUGCAUUCCACAAAGAGUACACACUGUCGUCGUUUCGCUUCAACACAGCGAAAAAAUUUCCCUCGAAGAGUUAAGGAAAGAAAUCAAAGAAAAGGUCAUCAAGGACGUCAUUCCCGCCAAAUAUAUCGACGAGCAAACCGUCAUACACAUUAAUCCUUGCGGACUGUUCAUUAUCGGUGGACCUCAGAGUGACGCAGGUCUGACGGGCAGAAAAAUCAUCGUAGACACAUACGGAGGCUGGGGAGCCCACGGAGGAGGAGCGUUUUCCGGAAAAGAUUUCACUAAAGUGGACAGAUCGGCUGCGUACGCAGCCAGAUGGGUUGCCAAAUCGUUGGUGAAGGCCGGACUAUGCCGAAGAUGUUUGGUGCAAGUAGCGUACGCCAUUGGCUUGGCCGAACCACUCUCUAUUACAGUAUUUGACUAUGGUACUUCGAAACUGAGCCAAAAAGAUUUGCUGGACGUCAUCAAGAAGAAUUUCGACUUGAGGCCGGGUAAAAUUGUCAAAAUUAAACCUAAGACAACCAAUCUACCAAAAGACCAGCACCUACGGUCACUUUGGCAGAGAGGGCUUCACAUGGGAACAACCGAAGAUUCUCAUACAUUGACAGGUGUACCGUUAAAAAUUUCUACCUCCUUAAGAAUACCCUCACCCACUUUUUCCCCCUCUUUCUAGCUCUCCCGCUCCCACGUAGAUUAGUUGAAAAGAUUGGGAAUAAACACUGUGAUUGGCGCUCUGAACCUUAAAAACUGAGUGCUACGUUUCUUUUUCUUUACAAAAAUCGCUACGCGUCAGUUCAAAAUGUGCUGUUACAUCACCAUAUAUAUUAGCAUUAGACAGAUAAGGGUCAAGAACAGUUCACUGGAGAACUCCAAAAAAAAUUAUUUUCGCCCGAAACAGAAAAUUGUAAGAUAUAAAAUAUUUUAUUAGCUUUUAAAACUUUUUAGGUCAUAAAUUUGUAAAUUAAACAUCACAGUCUCAUUUUUUGGCACCUUUUGAAAUGACGCGGAAGCGAUAAUGGUUCCGAAACGAAACGUGGUGCUAGCCGAGUAACUGUGGUUAAACGUGCCCUAGAUCGCUUUCCGAUACAGACCACAGUGGCUCCGUGCCGCUGCAAUUCAAUGUGAGUCAAAAAACGUUCAGUUUCAAGUUAGAUAUUUUACUCGCACAUUGUGUUGUGUUUACGAGAAAAUAAAAAUUUGGAAAAGAGCAUUUCUGUAUACACUCCGGGCUGUAUCGGGGAGGGGGGCCGGCCCCAAAAAGGCAUCGUGAACUUGCACCAGAAACGAUUUUUUCCAUUUCGAAAUUCUUCGAUUCCUGAGAUCUUGUGAAGAAAUAGCAAAUUUGACGACGCUGUGGCGUUUAGAAACUUAUACUUUCUACUGUGCGUUGUUGCCAAUUUUGCGUUAUUUUCCGGGAAUCUUGUGAAAAUAUGAAAAAAAAAACAGGAAAAUAAUAUUUUUGUACGAUUAAGAUAAUUUUGAUAAUUUUGGCGUAGGAAAACUCUUCUGAGGCGAGUUUGCUGUACCGGGCAUUUUCGAAAAAGCUGCCAUUUUUUUGGUAAAAGUAAAUAAACGAUUUCUUAGUGUUAAUUUUUUAUGUUUCGAUAUUUUUUUUUUUUUUAAUUAAAAUUAGAAUCUUAGAUAAAUAUCUGUAGGCUAUAGUUGGAUUGUAUAGAUUUUAUUGUGACUAUGUAAUUUAUUAUGAAAGAAAAAGAAAAAUCAUUUAUAUUGUAUACAAUUAAUUUUAUUGUUAAAUAAUGAUUGAUAAGGUUUUAGCCUUUCCAAUUGUGUAGAUCGUGAAAAUCGUUGUAAUUUUUUAUGAUAUAUUUUUAUUUUUUAAUCGAUUUAAUUAAUUAUUGUGUGCUCCCAUUAAAAACAGGCCAUUUGUCCUACAUACACAACAAUAAAAUAGUUGUCAAAAGCAAAUAAUUCGUUUUAUUUUAGAUAAUUUUUUGAAGCUGCAUUUGAACCACCCAUACCCUGUCUUCCGU